GUGGGCCGCCGAUGAGGAGGCCGCGGGGGGAGCCCGGCUCCCGGGCCCCGAGACCGACUGAGGGAGCGACCUGCGCGGGGCCUGGGGAGUCAUGUAGGGUGGCGCCUGCGGGGCGGGCCGCGGGAGGGCGGCGGGAGCUGGCGUUAGCGGCGGUGGCCACGGUCUCCUGACGUCCCCGGGCCAGGGCGGGUGUGUGGGCCCCCAGCAUCGCGGACUCCUCGCCUUCUCAAAGCUGCGCUCUCUUCUCCGCGCGCACCCUUCGACUUGGGGCGCUGUGUUCUCUUUUCAUGGGUGAGGAGACUUAGGCAGAGGCGAAGCCACUUGCCCAAGGUCACGCAGCUGGGUCUCCAUCACCCAGCUCCAUGCUUCGAGUCCUGCUCUCUGCUCAGGCCUCCCCUGCUCGGCUGUCUGGCCUGCUGCUGAUCCCGCCAGUACAGCCCUGCUGUUUGGGGCCCAGCAAGUGGGGGGACCGGCCUCUUGGAGGAGGGCCCCGUGCAGGCCAUGUGCAAGGACUGCAGCGGCUUCUGGAACAGGCGAAGAGUCCUGGGGAGCUACUGCGCUGGCUGGGCCAGAACCCCACCAAGGUGCGCGCCCACCACUAUCCUGUGGCACUUCGUCGCCUGGGCCAGCUCUUGGGGUCUCAUCCUCGGCCCCCUCCUGUGGAGCAGGCCACACUGCAGGACUUGAGUCAGCUCAUCAUCCGAAACUGCCCCUCCUUUGACAUUCAUACCAUCCACGUGUGUCUGCACCUUGCAGUCUUACUUGGCUUUCCAUCAGAUGGACCUCUGGURUGUGCCCUGGAGCAGGAGCGAAGGUUUCGCCUCCCUCCAAAGCCACCUCCCCCUCUGCAGCCUGUCCUCCGUGGUGGACAAAGGCUAGAAGCUGCUCUGAGCUGCCCCCGUUUCCUGCGGUAUCCGAGGCAGAAUCUGAUCAGCAGCCUGGCAGAGGCAAGGCCAGAAGAACUGACUCCUCAUGUGAUGGUCCUUCUGGCCCAGCAUCUCGCUCGGCAUCGGUUGCGGGAGCCCCAGCUUCUGGAAGCCAUUGCCCACUUCCUGGUGGUCCAGGAAGCYCAGCUCAGCAGCAAGGUGGGCUUGCCUCCCACCCUCCCAUGCUCCUCUGUGGUACAGAAGCUGGUCUUGCCCUUUGGGCGGCUGAACUACCUACCCCUGGAGCAGCAGUUUAUGCCCUGCCUUGAGAGGAUCCUGGCUCGGGAGGCAGGGGUGGCACCCCUGGCCACAGUCAACAUUUUGAUGUCACUGUGCCAGUUGCGGUGCCUGCCCUUCAGAGCCCUGCACUUUGUCUUCUCCCCGGGUUUUAUCAACCACAUCAGUGGCACCCCUCACGCUCUGAUUGUUCGACGCUACCUCUCCCUGCUUGACGCGGCUGUGGAGCUGGAGCUCCCAGGAUACCGGGGCCCCCGCCUUCCCCGAAGGCAGCAAGUGCCCAUCUUUCCGCAGCCACUCAUCACCGACCGUGCCCGCUGCAAGUACAGUCACAAGGACAUAGUAGCUGAGGGGCUGCGCCAGCUGCUGGGGGAGGAGAAAUACCGCCAGGACCUGACUGUGCCUCCCGGCUAUUGCACAGACUUCCUGCUGUGUGUCAGCAGCUCUGGUGCUGUGCUUCCUGUGAGGACCCAAGACCCCUUUCUACCUUACCCACCAAGGUCCUGUCCACAGGGACAGGCUGCCUCUAAUCCUACAACCCGUGACCCUGCCCAAAGGGUGGUGCUGAUGCUGCGUGAACGCUGGCAUUUCUGCCGGGAUGGUAGGGUGCUGCUGGGCUCCCGUGCCCUGAGGGAGCGGCACCUGGGCCUAAUGGGCUACCAGCUCCUGCCGCUGCCCUUUGAGGAACUGGAGUCACAGAGAGGCCUGCCCCAGCUCAAGAGCUACCUUAGGCAGAAGCUCCAGGCCUUAGGCCUCCGCUGGGGGCCUGAAGGAGGGUGAGGGGAUGCACAUGGGGCUCAGGAUGGCCCCCCUAUGGGGGGUGGACAAUUUGCACUUUGGCUCCCUAUGUUUUGAUUUUUCAUUAAAGUCCCUUUCCUUCCCUGU